AUGAAGAACAUCCCACUAUUCCUCACGAUCCUCAUUUCUCUACUCGAUCUUCGGGUCAAUGGGAAUAAAAGUGAUGGUGAAAAGCACGAAAGGGAAAAGCGAUUCCUCGCAUUUCCCAUCAACAGUGCCACUGGAGUCCUCGUAGCACUCGCUAUUCCCCUAAUCAUCCCACACAGGAAUGUUUUUGUAUCAUACAACUUUGAAGCGAACUACAACAUGCCAACUAUGGCGUCUGAUCUUAUCCCUGGACCUCUUGAUCGCUUAGAGAUCAUUGAUCGAAGUUUUGGUGAAAAAACAAAUGGUGACAGUGCAGAUUCUCAAAGUAAUCAGGAUGCUAAGGAAGUUCCACCAACAACGGAAAAGACAAAAAUUGAAUCUACAGAGAAGAAAAGGAGCAAAAGAUCCUCCAGUGAUGGCCUAUUCAGCAGAAAAAAGAUUUAUAUAAUGCUUGAGAGUAAAUUACGAAGCUCCAACAGUCAUGGGCAUAGAGGAAGAGCUUGUCUUCUUAGGGCAAUCUGCGAAGAAGCCCAGGAACCAAUUAAUGAUCACAAUGGACUUAUUGGGGACAUUAUUCACAUUAUCCUCACACCCUCAACAUCUGUCCGGGAAGAUAUUCAUCCGGAAUACUACAGAGCUGAGGAAUUCGGGCACAAAGGGGAUUGUUCGAGAAAGCUGUUUUGCAUGUAA